AUGUCGGUACAACAGAUGCAUCAAGGUUUUCAGAAGCAUGAAGAUAAGCUCACAAUCAUGCAAGUUCGGGCGGGGCUGCACCCUAAUGCAAUGAUUCAUAUUAUUCGGUUUGCGGGCGAGUUGAACGUCUUCCAUUAUUGUCAUUCAUCUGAGGAAGUGGGCGGCGCGGGACGGCGGCGCUUCACCCCCGCGCGCUUCCGAGGCUCAGUCGCCGGCCGACACUCUCGCUGCUAG